AUGGCCUGUGGGGGCAGCUCCUUUGGCAUACUUCCCAGCCAAGAGCAGUUCAGGGUGGCGGGCAGCAAUCGAGAAUUUCUCUGUGACCCAAAGUUCAGUGAUGAGGAAGAUCUGGAGGAGAAGCUGGCCGUGUUCAAAGAGAAGUACAUGGAGUUUGACCUGAACAACCAAGGCGAGAUUGAUUUGAUGUCUGUCAAAAGGAUGAUGGAGAAGAUGGGGGCUCCGAAGACCCACCUAGAACUGAAGAAGAUGAUCUCUGAGGUGACUGGAGGGGUCAGUGAGACCAUCUCGUACCAGGAUUUUGUCAACGUGAUGCUUGGGAAACGCUCUGCUGUGCUUAAACUGGUCAUGAUGUUUGAAGGAAAAGCCAAUGAGAGCAACCCAAAACCCUCUGGUCCGCCUCCAGAGAGAGACAUAGCCAGCCUCCCUUGAAGAGGACAGGCUGAAAAUUGGCACUGUUUGCUUUGCCGGUCUGUAACAGAGGUUACCUGUGCUUUGUUACUAUUUACUGUGGACAGUCCUAGUUUUCAACUAACCUGCCUUAGAGGAACAGCAAGGGAAGCUGGAGACCCCCAGCUCGUGUUUCUGCUGCAUCCCUUAGCUAACUUGAUUUGUUAGAGAGAAGCUGUAGCUCCAAGUAUAAUGUGAGACCAAAAGA